AUGGAGGGAGCUCCCCGUGCCUUCCUUCUCUUCCUGCUUAUGGUUUCCCAGCCCAGAGAUGCGAGUCCGUUCACAGUAUAUUGUCCCCCGGUGUCAGUGAACGGAAUUCUGGGAGAAUCCAUCAUUUUCCCUCUACUCAAUCCUGGAGCCUUCAAAAGCAUCACCUGGGACGGCCCCUCUCCUGCCAACGCUGAAGCCUAUGCGUCACAUGGGCCUUUAGCAGUUAUCACCCCAGGGGCCCCUGGAGCGCUGCCCCACAUUUCGAUGGAGGACGAGAGAUAUCGAGGGACAGCAAGACUCCACAACCAGAGCUAUUUGCUGGAGAUCCGUGACCUGACGCUGGGAGACGUUGGCAUGUACAGCUGUGAGACAGCAAGUGCAGAUAGCAAUAUCUUAUGUAGCUAUGACCUGCACAUCCACAAGCGACUGUCGGAGCCGGAGAUCAGGAUCCACUCUGUGAUGGCUGGGAACGGCACCUGCAACGUGACCUUCACCUGCAGCGCUGGGGUGGGGAAUGAGACCAUCAAAUACAUCUGGACGCGCCCAGCAGGGGCCCCUGUUUUCUCCAUUGAGGAAUCCCUGCUGGUCCAGCACAGACUGGGAGAUGAGGACUCGCCCGUCACCUGCACGGCCAUGAACCCCGUUAGCAACAGCUCGGCCAGCGCCUCUCCCAAGGCGGCCUGUGAAGGUCCCACCCCGCCCCAGGCCACGUCACUGUCCUACUGCCACGCCAAGGGGAUCCUUGUGCUGGGGGUGCUGGGAACCCUGCUGGCUGGGAUCCUCACAGUGAAUGUCCUCGCUGCGAGGGAGCAGAGACGGCACUGA